AUGAUCUUCAACGAAUCACUAAGCCCUAUAGACCGGAACAAUUGGGAGGAGAAAAUGUACGAAAACGAAUCUGAUGAUGAGCACGAAAAUGAGGAAGAUGAUCUGAUUCAAAAGGUUUACGAGAUUGGAUACGUGAUCUUGAGAGCCAGGGCACAACAGAUUCAAACCGGGACUUUCUGGCAAGCACAUUUGAUGGUCUUAGUUUUAGGCUAUACGUCACAAUGGAAGCGACAACGAGGAUACAACGUGCAGUUACCCAUUCCUGAGAAUUCGUUAGAUGAAGACGAAAUUGUUACCAUAAGUGCUGACUUUCACACGUACUGGCACUAA